ACAACAAGACAAAUAACUCCAAGAGAGUUAUUGAGAUUCACUUUGUUGGUCUUAAUUGUUUCAACCGCGCAAGCGAGGAGAAAGACAGACCAAAACCUACAUACCAAAAAUGGCUUCAUUCACCGGAACCUUGGACAAAUGCAAGGCCUGUGACAAGACCGUUUACUUUGUUGAUUUGCUGACUGCUGACGGCUGUAUUUUUCACAAAUCUUGCUUCAAAUGCAGCCACUGCAAAGGCACCCUUGUGAUGAGCAACUACUCCUCCAUGGAUGGAGUCCUGUACUGCAAGACUCACUUUGAACAGCUCUUCAAGGAGUCUGGGAAUUUCAGCAAGAACUUUCAGACUUCAAAGCCUGAGAGGGAGAAUUCCAUGACAAGGGGCCCAACCAAAGUGUCUGCUAUGUUCUCUGGAACUCAAGACAAAUGUGCUGCAUGCACCAAAACUGUGUAUCCUCUGGAGAAGGUGACCAUGGAAGGGGAGGCGUUCCAUAGGUCAUGCUUCAAGUGUGCUCAUGGAGGGUGUCCUCUGACACACGCAACCUAUGCUGCACUGGAUGGAGUCCUGUACUGCAGGCACCAUUUCGCGCAGCUGUUCAUGGAGAAGGGCAAUUACCAGCAUGUCCUUAAGGCUGUUCACAGGAGGAGUGCUUCUGCUGCCUCUGCUGAGACUAAGACCGUCAUGGCCUUGGACCUCGCAGCUGACGUGGAGGACGACACUGCUGAGAUUGAGAAACAACAGCCAGACUCUGCCUAAUUAAUAUCAUCUCAUCUUUUCAUUUUCCAUGCAUAAUAAUAAUGCAUGCCUACCUGUUUUCUGAUAUAUUAUUAUAUGAUCCAUUAGUAUCGUUUUCCCCUUUUUUCCCUUUUGUUUUCAUUCAAGUUCUUUAAUUUGUCUUCCAACCACACUUAUAUUGUACUGUUGUUAUGAAAUAUCAUCAUUCUUUCUUAUUGUUCUCA